AUGGCUAAUCUUCAUCCCUCUGGGGCCAUGCCUCGUGAUAUCCCACCACAACUGCAUCAGCAGGCCCAAGCCUCACAUUCUGGGCGUUCCAUGCCUCAGAGCAACGGCGUCUCUGCAAGAUACCCGGCAUAUGUGCCUGUCAACACGCAGCCCUAUCACCAUCCCCCACUCCCACCCAUGGGCCUGCAUGGUUCCCCAGAUAUUCAAACUUCCCAAAGCAGAAACCCUCAGAGAUACAGGGCUCUGCGCCUUGAAAAGGCAUCCAGUGAUUCCUCUUGGGAGGAGACCAUCAUCUCUGAAAAGCCCAUGUCUCAAUCUAUGAUUCGAGAUAGAAUCGAUUGGCUCCAGAAGAACACAAUAUCCGUUGCGAAGAAGAAGCAGGAAAAGAAUGAAGCCAUCCAGAACCAAAUCGACAAGGCUCAAGCUGAUCUGACCAGAGAAGACCGUGAUGUUCGGUUCUACUAUAAACUGGUACAGCUUGAAUCCGAGUGGCGGGCGGCAGACGAUCGCCGACGAGAUGACAAAAGUGAGCGGAGUUCCAGAAGGCACAGAAGCCAUUCGAAGAGAAACAAAUUUCCCAAGUUGGAGAGAGUAGCAAUCGUUGCAUACUUCGUGAGCACGCCUGCUGCUGAUCGACAUGGCUCUAGACCUCAUGGUACGAACAUGCUCCCAAAACAGUCGAAGCAGACCUAUCAUUCGCAGACUGCCCAGAAGAAUGCGCAAGGUUUACCUCCUGUUACUCUCGCUUCGAGUUUCGCUCGUCCUGUUCCUCCGAAUGUUCACGGAUCGGCACCCCCAGCGACUGACUCAAAACCAAAAAGUCAUCCCAAACCUAUCAUUACUCAACAGACUGUUGUACCUCAGGCCCCUCAACCACCCCAAGCCCAACCACCUUACCAAGGUCCCUUGAAUAUGCCAAAGCAGAAUGGCAUGGCGCCGGCAAGUCAUAACGUGGUGCUACCUCAGAUCGUGAAACCCGCAGGACCAGCACCACCACAGGUUUCUGUUGGACAGCCGCCGAAGCUGCCACCGAUUCAACUUCCACUUCGCCCACCUCAAGUUCCAGGGCCUCUAUCAGUACCAAACGCUCCACCAGCAAAGCCACCAGCAGGCCCAGUGAGAGGAGCCACUGAUGCAGGCAGACAGCCGACUGCACCAAAAAUAGCAAUAGUAGAGUCGAAGCCAAAGGUCAGGGAUAACAUAGAGAUCUAUCAUGUCUCAGACCAAAGCUCCUCGUCAUCCGACAAUGGCUGGUCGGAAGAUGAGAGUGAAGGUACGACACCAUCAUCCAUCAGUUCAGACCACAGCUUGCAGCAGCGAGGUCGAGGACGAAGUCCCAAACGCACACAUUCAGACUAUCACAGAAACGUGAUCAUCCAAGAUUCCCGUCAAGCUGAAAAACGUGAUACACCCCCACAACGACAACGUGUGCGAUUCAACUCCCCAGACUACCUCUACCGAGAAGAAAGCCGCUCGCCAAGGGAAAAGUACCAUGCCCGAUCACGGGCAGAAGAGCCAUGGAGAGCAGAGCCACCACGUAUCAUCCAAGUACCAAGGCACAGCGUCCGCCAUGUGCCUGGUCUUUCAACUCGACAUGACACUUCCAAUAACAAAGACAACAUUGGCGAGAGACCACUGGAACGGGCAAGAUUGAACGACUCUCAUCAUGAACAUGACAUCCGAAGAGACAAUGACCGUUUCAAGUAUCUCGAAGAAGAUGCUCGGCGGCGACGAGAUUUCAGGGAGAGGCGAAAUGAUCGAAGAGAAGACGGCGAUAAGUACGAGGGAUCAGAUUCUCGUUGGAGUGAGCAGCAAGCUCGAGACUACAUGCAUCAGAGGGAAUCACGCCGUUCAUAUCGGCAUAAUGGCUGA